GGCUUGAGAGUUGGCUCACUUGGAAAAGGUAGCGUUAGCUAGCAGGCUGGCCCGACCACCAGUGCAAGUACAACAAGGACACUGGUCGGUCCUGUCACUCGUCCUUUCUGGAGUGUACUGUUCUCAUGAGAUGUGCACCUCCCCGUCCUACCUUUCGCUCCUCUGAGCUAGUUAGCAGCUGCAGCAGAGCAGAUGUGACAGCUAACUAGCUGGCUUGUGUGGCUAGCUGUGGAGCUGAGCAUCAUCGCCGGCUUUGAGGAGAGCGAACAUCACCACCAGCCCCGCACACGACCGACCACACCGACUCCUUUGUUAGCUAUUUAUGCAGCGAGGCCACCGGUGGAGAGACAUUUCCCCGACGUAUCAUAAGGAGAGAUGUAUCAACUCCCAGUGAAUAACCUUACUAGAAUCAGGAGAGCGAGGAAGCAAGUGAAAAAGGCACUUGGGGACAUUGGACUGGAGUUCUGCAAGGAGGCAGCAGAGGAGUUCAAAGAGUUUUGCCCUAAUGAGCAAUUUGUAAAGAGCUCUCUUUGCCUUGACAUCUGCGCAUGGGAUCCGUCAUACUCUAAAACACAGGAAUACAGAUCGAAGCCAUUUUGCUGCACAGAGUGCUCAUUUUCUUCCAAAUACUACUCAGGCUACAAGAAUCACUUCCGCAAUGUGCACAGGAAAAUCUUUGAGAGUAAAAUCCUGCUCAACUGUCCGUACUGCACAUUCACUGCAAGCAAGAGAAUUUUGGAGACGCAUGUUAAAAUAUUCCACAUACCCAGCUCGGCACGGCAGAACUAUGGAAACGCACAGGCUGCUGCUCUGGGAAAGAAGGACAGGACGUAUCUUGAUAGAGUCAGACAGGGAGAUGGUGUGGAGAAAGCAAUGUACUUUUGCAAAAAGUGCGCCUUCCGGGACAGUCUCUACAAUGUUGUGAGAAGGCACAUCUACAGGGAACAUUUUCAGCAUAUUGUCUCACCGUAUCUUGGUAUGGUUUCUGAAUCGUCUGUCAAAAAUGGUGCUAACUCUGUCAACGGUAACAACAUUCUCUGUAAACGCUGCCAGUUUUCCACUCGUAGCUACGAGGCCCUCGUACAGCAUGUUAUAGAGUACCACGAGCGCAUCGGGGCUCAAGUCACCACCAUGAUUGGACAUGCUAAUCUUCUUGUGUCCAGAUCCUUUCCUCAGAAGACUCCUCUAAUUGUUAGCAGGGCCCACACACCUAAAGCUGACCCAAUAGCACAACCAGUAAUUGGCUAUUUAAAGCCAGUGGUGUCUGUUGUUAAAAAUCAGUCUUCCAGCGCAGCCAGUCAGGCGCGUGUCACAGUUCCUGGCAACAGCACUGUGGUUGAAAAUAAUUCUGCGGGUGUAAACACGGCGCAGACACAAAAGUGGAAGAUAUGUACAGUUUGUAAUGAGCUUUUUCCUGAAAACCUCUAUAAUGCUCAUUUUGAAAACGCGCAUAAGGCGAAGAAAGUUUGGGCACUGGCCAAGUACAUCAUGAAAAUCCACAACUUCACCAGCAAGUGUUUGCUUUGCAACCGCUAUCUGCCCAGCGAUACUCUGCUUAACCACAUGCUAAUCCAUGGGCUCACCUGUCCUCAGUGCCACUCUGCUUUCCACAGUGUUGAGAAAAUGAUGGAGCAUGUGGCUCAGGCUCAUCCCGAUGACUUUGUUGGCCCGCCCGGUGCAUCGCCUCUAACCUUUGAUCUCACCGUCAAACAAGAUAAGUCCAGUAACGUGCAGCUUAUAGUUCUCACUUUUAACAUGAAGGAAUCUAUCAAUGGUCAAGAUCAGCCUGUAGCUGCUCACAAUAGUGUUCCACCUCUGGUCAAAGUGACCGCUCCCAGAAUGAUUGAGAAGAAGAGUGAGCCACUUACAGCUAGAAGUUUCCCCACAGCGACUCACAGGAGUGAGGUUGGAAAGACUCUGUGUCCACUGUGUUUCACCAUCCUCAAAGGUCCCAUCUCCGAUGCUUUGGCCAUGCAUCUGAGGGAGCGACACCAAGUGCUCCAAACAAUGCAUCCUGUUGAAAAAAAGAUGACAUACAAGUGCAUUCAUUGCUUGGGGGUGUACACCAGUAACAUGGUGGCUUCCACAAUAACGCUGCAUCUCGUGCAGUGCAGGGCUGUUGGUAGGAGCCAGGCGAGCCAAGGCUUCAAGUCUGCCUUGACUCUCAACUCCUCUGGGGCUGGCUUUCUCAAGAGGCAGCCACCAAUGCUGACCACAUCCAACCCCAAGAAGCUAAAACUGAGCAAGGAGUCAAAGAUUUCCUCCACAAUGGUUGGAAAUCAGUCCGAAUCUGACGGCCUUGCCUUGGAUCCUAGAAGCUAUGAGCACAAGACGUAUGAGGCCAGGAAAAAUUUCCUGACGGCCUACUUCAACCGGCGACCAUACCUUUCUCCUCAGGAAGAGGAGAAGCUGUCUGCAAGUCUAUGGCUGUGGAAAUCCGACAUAUCGAGUCACUUUGCAACCAAGCAAAGGAUGUGCGAGAGACUAUGUGAGACCAAGAAGUUGUCUGUGCUGCUCGGCUUUGACAUGCACGCUGUCAAGAAAGUUAAGCAUGAUUUGAUCUUUGAGGAAGGCAAGUUUGAUGGGAUCUCGGUGGGGAGAUCCGGAGGCCUCAAGUCUGGUACUCCAAACACAGACCAAAACAGGCAGUGUGAGACACUGAACUGUACCUUAAAACUGAGCACAUGCACAGAGACCAUUUCCAUUGAUUCAGACAGUGAACCAGAAACGGAGGAUAGACCUACUGAGAAUGGAAAUGUUGAUACGAACCAACACGAGAGCGUAAUAUCCCAGGAGCCAAUAAACCUGACAGAAGAGACAGAGACAGAACCAGAACCUGUGAACACUGACGAUCCUCCUAUAGAGAAGGAGAGCUCUUUGGAAGAGGGGGAAACUAAUGCUUGGAUGACUUUUUGUUAGUGUCCCUGCUCAGCUGUGUGCCUUGGUUGAGUAAUAGUAUCGGCUUUAAAGGAGUGUAUAAAUUAAGACAGAGGGGAAAAAAUCUGGAAUAUUAAGUUCAAAAAUCAAAUAUUUGGCCAGUGACAUAGGUCAUUAAAACUCUUCAACUCAAGGUGGUUACCAGGGUUGGGAGGAAGUUAAAAAAGUUACAUUAUAGUGCAUAAGUAUAAUGCACAAGCAUAAGUAUAGUGCAUUUAAAAAAAAAAGGAAAAAAAAAGUCUAUGGCAUAUGUAAUUGACAUUGUAUAUAUUUUUGCCAUUCUAUGUUAGGUUAUUCAUACAAUCUGUGUUAUUCACCUCUUAACUGUCACAAGACUUGAUGAUUAUGCCAACCCCCCUACUUCCAUUGUUUUGUUUCUCAACUGUGACAGGACUGUAUCAUAUUGUCAUUUCACAUUUAGACAGUGUAGGAUAUGCUAAUUGCUUAUGUACACGUUUUAAUAAAUGUUUGUUUAAUAAAAACCAUUUAAGUUCUUUCCUACA